UUUUUUUUUUAGUCCAGUGCCCGCCGAGCCUUGAGGUUGCCCAAGUUGUGCAGCUGCGGUACUCGAUGGAGGAUCUCCCGGAGCCACUGCUUGCAGAUAUCAUCGAGAGGAUUACCGUGUCGAGUGAUCUCAAUUCUCUUUGCCUCGUGUCAAAGCGGCUCUGCGCCACCGAGGCGGAGCAUAGGGGUGCUAUCCGUGUUGGCUGUGGUGUUGACCCUACAACGGAAGCCUUGACAUCACUGUUCUCCCGGUUCUCCAAUUUGUGGAAAGUGGAGAUCAGUUACUCUGGUUGGACGCCCAGUCACGGGGACCAGGUGAACAAUGAAGGCAUCCUUGUUCUAUCGCAUCAUUGCCCCUUGCUGUCUGAUGUCACCUUAAGCUUCUGUGCACACAUUGAUGAUGCUGGCCUUAGUUAUCUAGCUUACUGCAAAAAGUUGAGGUCCCUCAGGCUGAGCUUUGCACCAGCAAUAACUUCUACUGGGAUUUUCCGGGUGGCCGUUAGUUGCUGCUAUCUCUCUGUUCUCCACCUUGUUGACUGUAUAGCAAUAGAGAGCGUGGAGUGGCUGGAGUAUCUUGGGAGAUAUGGAUCAUUAAGGGAACUCGUUCUAAAGGAUUGUGAUGGAAUCAGUCAGUAUGACCUCCUAAAAUUUGGUCCAGGAUGGGGGAAGCUCCAAAGGUUUGACUUUGAGAUUAAUGGAACUUACUGGCUGAGUGAGCGCCCUGACCCCUCAUACGUGGUUGGCUACCCAUAUAGCUAUGACAUUUGUUGUGAUAAUUUGAAGGAUCUUAGGUUGGCUCAUAUUGUAACUAAGCCAGAAAUUGGACUCCGUUUUCUCCUAGGAAAGUGCAAAGCAUUGGAGACACUUUACCUGGAGUAUGUUAUUGGUCUAAAUGAGGAUGAGAUGAUUGCACUAUUCCAGAGGUGCUGCAACCUUAAAACCAUCUCACUUCGGCUCAUGCCUCUGCGCUGUGAAGAUCAUUGGUUUAAGACGGCAUUGACUGAUGACAGCCUAGAGGUCCUAGCUCUAAGCUGCCCUAUGCUUCAGGUUGUUGAGCUCACUUUCACAUUUUGUGAACCCUCUUAUCCUACUGAAAUAGGCUUCACACAGAAGGGUAUUGUGACGCUUAUCCAAUCAUGUCCGAUUCGUGCUCUUGUGCUAAAUGGUGCCAGCAUAUUUGAUGACGAGGGCAUGAAGGGCCUGUCAUCCACACAGUUCCUGGAGAAGCUCGAGCUCGUGGAUUGCUGCUCUAUAACUGAUACUGGUAUGUACCUCAUUGCUCAGGCUCCUUGUUUGAGUCACCUCACACUCCGGAAAUGUGGUAGUGUGACAGAUGAUGGGUUGGCUGCAUUGGCACGUUCACAGAAGUUGGAGUCACUGACCGUUAUAGGCUGCCGCUGGAUCUCUCAGGAGGGUGUGCACGGUGCUGCCAAAUCAGUUUGCUACUCAUCUGAGAUUGAAAGCCACGACAGCCUAAAAGGAAUGAACGUGUACAGGAAAAUACGCCAGUCGCCCUGAAUUCAGUCUUUGGCUGUUAAUUUGUGUUGCUAUAUAUUGGCAGAACUUCGAUACCACAACAGUAUGAAAGUAACUCGGAGGACAGUUGCACCUGCCAUUUCCUUCUGGCAAGUUCCAAUUGGCUUCAGAUGUUCUAGACUUGUUUUGGCAGUGUGAGAUUCGUUUUAGAAAUUUGCCAGAAUUCAUGCAUAUUAUGGCUUGAUAGUCGUUUGUGCCGGUUCUGGUCUUUCAUGUGUUCGUUGUGCGGCACCUUCUCCAUUUAUUCUCCAUGUUCAGCGCCUGAUGUGCGAUUCCUGCCGUAGCAAUAGUGCGUAUGAUCUAUGUGAGUACAUUGUAGUGACUCUUGCUGACAGUAAUCACUAAUCAGUGGGCAUUUGGGGCA